AGGCGGCGCAGGCGGACGCGGAGGCCCCCACCCGCGGGACGCGGGUGCUGUCGCUGGAGGACAGCUGGAGGCGGCUCCGCACGGAGUCCCGCCCGCCGUCCCCGACUGCCGCACCCUGUGCUACAUGUUCACCGGGGGCACGCAGCGGACGAAGAUUGUGGAGGUGACGCACGCCAUGCUGCUCCACGAGAACCGCGCCUACGGCGGGCUCUGGCGCCCGCGCGCGCACCCGGCGGUCGUGCUGGGCCACACGAGCGUCUAUUGGGGCGCCUCGGCGCUGGGCCAGCUGAGCAUCGCCCUGGCCUUCGCGGGCACCGUCGUCUGGGCCGAGGUCACCGAGGUGGACGACCUCCGGCGCUGCAUCUCCGAGGAGGGGGUCACGGUGCUGGGCGUCGUCCCCGACCACCUUGACCUCUUGGCCCCGCAGGUGCCGGCGACGGACCUCCCCUCCGUCGAGGUCGUGUUCACCUGGGGCGAGCGCCUCCCGCGACGCCUCGCGGAGCGGUGGCGCGGGCACCCGCGGGCCGUGGUCCGCGAGCUGCUCAGCGCCCCG